AUGAGGAACUUUAUCUUGCUCCCUGUUCUUACUGUUGCGAUCUUAAUUAACUUUUCUUCCGCCACACAACACCUAACAUCGAGAAGUGAAAUUCCCGGCGAAUCUCGUCUCUUUACACCGACUAGAAUAUUGACCUCAAACAACACGGGUAACUUGGUUUGCCCAACUGGAACUUUCGAAUGUAAAGACAAGGCUGGUGGAUGUUGUCCCAAUGGUUCGUCAUGUCUGCCGAACUUUAAAUGCAGUGCUCCCACUAGCACUGCUGGAGGAAAUAGUGGAUCAGGCAAUACUGGAACCGGUAGUAGCACCUGUCCCGCUGACACGUUUAAAUGUCAAGAUAGCGAAGGCGGAUGCUGUCCGGAUGGCACAACUUGUAUACCCAACUUUAAGUGCAGUGCGCCCAAUAGUGUUCCUGGAGGAGGUGCUGGUACUACAGGAAACGUUCCUAAUGGUAAUCCUAGUGUUGGUGAUGGAAAGGGGAAUGACACUUGUCCCGCUGACACGUUUAAAUGUCAAGAUAGCGAAGGCGGAUGUUGUCCGGAUGGCACAACUUGUCUACCCAACUUUAAGUGCAGUGCGCCCAAUAGUGUUCCUGGAGGAGGUGCUGGUACUACAGGCAACGUUCCUAAUGGUAAUCCUAGUGUUGGUGAUGGAAAGGGGAAUGACACCUGUCCCGCUGGAACGGUUAAAUGUCAGGAUAGCGAAGGCGGAUGUUGUCCGAAUGGCACAACUUGUCUACCCAACUUUAAAUGCAGUGCGCCCAAUAGUGUUUCUGGAGGAGGUGCUGGUGUCAAUGGAGGGAAUAGUACGGGAGGAGAUGCUACGACUGGAUCAGGCGGUGCUGGAACCGGCAGUGUCACUUGCCCAGUAGGAUCGUUCCAAUGUCAAGAUAGUGCUGGCGGAUGCUGUCCUAAUGGCACGUCAUGUCUACCCAACUUCACAUGUGGUAAUCCAAACAAUGUGGUAAACACAACCCCAGGAAGCGAUAAUACAGGAAGCGAUGCUACAGAUAGUACAACAACUACGGGAAGCGAGAACACAGAUGCUACGCCUUCAUAG